AUGGACCGUGGAGCGGGGCAUGUCGAAAGCCCGUGCUACAACACGGUAAGAAGUAGCACUGGCCAGCCAGAACAGGAAGACCAGGGUCUCUAUUUCUGGUCUCCACCCGUGAUCAUACCGCCUCCCCAGGAUGUCCAGAAGGGCGUUGAACGUCUCCCUGGUCACGCGGUAGUCAAUGCGCAUGUCGCUGUGUCCAUCAAAAUAGAUGGCCAGCACUGGCUAUCCAACUUGGGCCGGGUGUAUUCCAGCAUUACAGACAAUGAAUUGGAUGACCUAGUCACAGAGCUGGUGGCAGGCAAUGACAGGCUGGGUCCUGAGUCGGUAAGAGCAUCAUUGCAUGCGAGAGGAGUCCGUGUGCAAAGAAGAAGGGUGCGGGAAAGCAUGCUGCGCACAAACCCGGGGGGUGCUGCUCUGAGGUCGUUGCUGCAGAGACCGGAGAGACGCAGUUACAGUGUCCAAGGUCCCAAAUCAUUGUGGCACAUUGAUGGAAACCACAAACUAAUAAGGUAUUCACUGGACUCGAGUCCACAUGUCUGGAGGAUAGUCAUCCAUGGUGGGAUUGAUGGCUACAGUCGCCUGGUCGUGUUCCUCAGAGCCUCCUCCAACAACCGCAGCACUACAGUGUUGGAGAGCUUUAUCAAUGCUGUGGCUCGCUAUGGUGUGCCCUCCCGGGUCAGGACCGACCGAGGAGGAGAAAACGUUGCAGUGUGGGACGUUAUGAACGUCUUCAGAGGUUUCCAUCGAGGCAGUGCCAUUCAGGGGAGGAGUGUGCAUAAUCAGCGCAUAGAGAGGCUCUGGGGGGACCUCUGGCGUGGAUUGGUCAAUGUGUACCACGAACUGUUCACCUUUUUGGAGAGCGAGGGAAUAGUCGACCCUGAUAAUGACAUGCACCUCUGGGCUCUCCAUUAUAUCUAUCUCCCGAGGCUCAACCAAGAUUUGGCAGAUUUUUGCAGUCAGUGGAACAACCAUGGGCUGAGGACGGAAGGUCACAGGACCCCACUGCAGAUUUUUGUCCAAGGGUGUCUUCAGCAGCAGGGAAGGGGUUCGACUGCCAUGCAGGAAAUUUUUGCUGUCCCUCCUGUGGGUGAUGUACAACCUCCACCUCCUCAAGCUGCUGCUCCAGAUCCUGUUGCCCCUGCUGCCCAGGAAGAGGCGGCAUUGUUGGACUGGCCAGAGAGAGUUACUGUGCCUUCCAUAGACUUCAUUAUGGAAGAGGCAGUGGUGCAACAAAUACAGGCACAGUUUGACCCUUUAGGUGGACCCAGGGGACAGCAUGGAUUACAAAUCCUACGUGACCUGAUUGUCUUUUUAGACUCCUUGCCAUAG